GCCAGCUCCCCAUCCGUGUGACGGUGGUCAAACGUGCAAAUGUGUCAAUUUAUUGCUCCAUCCCAUUUUUCGAUCGCAACACAUGGGUGGAUGUUUAUUGGCGGAGAGACAGCCAGAAGGGGAUUUUGGAUUUGAUUGCAGACACAACGAAAAUAAUGACACCUUUCAGACAGGGAUCUGCCGAAAUCCGCCUGCUAAAUGUGAAUUUCCAGGACUCCGGAGUCUAUUAUUGCAGCGCCAGAGUGAGCGGGAGGAUUUCCAAUGGGAAUGGAACGGAGUUAAUUGUAUACGUGCCACCAACACCGGUGAAGAUUACUCGCGUUUCCUCUACCUUACUCAAAAUCCUCUGCACAACAGCUGGCUUCUUCCCGAAGGAAAUUAACCUCACGUGGUACAAAAAUGACAUCGAAAUUACAACUGGGAUGAAAAUCACGGAAAUACAGAACGAGGGGGGAUUAUAUCAUGUUUCCAGCUUUCUCAAUCUCCCGGAAGCCGGAUUGGUUUAUACCUGCCAAGUUUCACACAUCUCCCUCGAGUCCCCAGCCAAUGACAGUUAUACGGUUCGUAGUCAGGGUUGGUAUCCCUACACCUUGGUAACUGGAUGUACAGUGGGCGGGUUAAUAAUCCUUGUGCUGGCAAUUCUCGUCAUAUGUUGGAGAUUGGCCAAAACUGAAGGUACAGAGAUUACAGAGAACAUACCGAACCAGCUUGAGGAGCAGGUUGUGCAUGGAGAAGUGAUGGGUAGUCCGCCUUAUGCUGCUCUCAACCACAGCGGGCACGGAAAUGCCUUGAAAUCCAGAUGUGUGGAAGGGGGCCCCAUCCGUGUACAGGCCAUGCAAGAUACAGGUGUUAAACUGACUUACGCGUCUCUAGAUUUCACCGCUUCCCAGAAAAGUGCGAAAAGGAAACAGAAGAAAAUUGGGGCUGAGUAUGCAGGGAUCAAGAUAAACAAGCCAAACGGAGAAUCUUUUGUUGUAUUAGCAGUAUCAAUGUCCGGUGAUGUUGCAGUUACACCGGCCCUGCCAUAAUGGUGUCUGAAUGCUGCAAUUAACAGUGUGUUGUUCAUUGAUCGUAAACGCAUUGCCAUGUAUUGGACUCUGGAUAAGCAGCAUGAAAUUUACAGACAGAAAGACAUGGGGAACUGGACAUGUGCAUAUUGUUGAAAUCUGAAAUCCCUAAGAUAAAAUAAUCAAAGAAGCACCUGUCAAUAAGAUAUAAUAAUUGUCCUAAUAUUACUGGAUUUUAUCGUAAAAUAGAGUAAUAGCAGGAUGUGCCUAUUUGUGUGAUUUAAUGGAAUUCGAGGCAGCUAGUCUGGUGCUUUGAUGCAAAAAGCGAAGCUAACUUUGAAAUGUUAAUGAGGUAAACAUGGAGAAGUUUGAAAACAUAGAUAUCAAGGGGAAGGAACAUUUACAUUUUUAAAUAAGCCGGAGUAGGUUGUUUUCAAAGGAUGGGAGAAAUGUUUCACCCAGCCAGGUGAAGUUUAGAAACAGUGUGUUUAUUUUUCCCUAAGCUAUGACAGGUGUGUUUUUAUUAUCAGGGAGAUAAAGUCCAAGGACAAAGUGAAACGAUUCGUAUUUGCAUUCAAAGUGGAAGAUGUCUAUAAAUGAGAGAAAACUGCUUACAAGGGAAGACAUUUUGAAGAUCUUGCAUGUAUGAAAAAGUGUUCAGCAUCUUUGCCACAAGCUACUGUUUCCAGGUCUGAAGUGAAGGGAACUCACUUUGAAUUCGACUUGCUCAGCAUACCAUGCUUCUUUGCCUUGACAUUUUAAAAACUAUGUGUCUUAUUGUUGCCUUAACGAAAGUGUAAGUGGGGACUAGAUUGAUUAGGAGAAUUUAGAAGUUAUCAUAGUAGUAAUUUGUAGAUCUAUGAUUGUAUUUUAAUUAAUUAUCUU